AUGGGGCGCAAUUCGUCGUGUGAUGCAAAGCAAAAACUGAGGAAAGGUUUAUGGUCACCCGAAGAAGAUGAAAAACUCGCUGACUACGUUACGAACUAUGGUGUCGGUUGCUGGAGCUCUGUGCCUAAAUUGGCAGCAGGCCUGCAAAGAUGUGGGAAAAGUUGCAGGUUAAGAUGGAUUAAUUACUUAAGGCCUGAUUUGAAGAGAGGAAUGUUUUCACAAGAUGAGGAGGAUUUGAUCAUUGCUUUACAUGAAACUCUUGGCAAUAGGUGGGCUCAAAUUGCAACACAGCUGCCCGGGAGAACUGAUAACGAGAUCAAGAACUUUUGGAACUCGGCCCUCAAGAAGAAACUAACAAAGCUAGGCAUUGAUCCAAACACUCACAAGCCGAUAACUCAAAUUCUUCAAGUGAAAAGCGAAAAGCUUUAUCGUAAUAUGGACUCAUCUUCACCUAAUGAUCAUAUUUUGCAGCCAAAAGUGCUUCCAAGCUUCACAAGUUCAACUCAAGUGGUCCAAACAGGGGAAAUUCUAUCCUCAAGAGAUGAACUAUUCUCGUCCGGUUUUCAAUACAAUCCGGAUUUUGUGUCUCGUUACCAGCAAAAUGGGAUAGGGCCUUUUGAUAAUAAUAAUAAUAAUAACAGGGACUUCAACAACUCAAUGCCGAAUUUGAUGAAUUUCGACUUUCAAAGCCUAGCUGAUUAUUCAGAUGGUUGUUCAAGAAUGAGUGAUUACAGCUUGAUGAGUGAAGUUAAGGGGAUCCCAAUGAACAGGUCGAAAGCGAAUAUCAAGAUGAACAAUGAUGAGAUUGAAAAUGUGGGCACAUUUUCCUGGCAAGGUGAGAAGAAGUUUGAAGCAGUUUUCCAGUUUAAGUUUUGUGAAAUUCAAACUGGAGAAAAGACAACGAGUCCAUGGGAAGGAGGCCUCGGUCAGCCGGUGCAUGAUCAGGGAGAUUUUAGUAAUUUUGCAUUGGCAUCAAUCUCUCAGGAGCUGGGUUCUGCAAACAUGGAUGCCUUUAAGCAAAUAUAG